GCUAUCUAAGAAGAAUGGAAUUAUUAAUUUUAUUUGACGUAUUAAUUUUAAAUGAGUUUAAUUUGGGAUCAUUUAGUAAGUACUCUUUUCUUUUUGAGCUGUGAUAGAUUAUAGUCUAGUUUAAGUUGCUCCUAAGAAGACAGGUUAAGAAACGAGGGAGGCUUUAGAGAGGAAGACAGAUGCUUGAAGUAUGAACGAUAUAUAACCUUAGAAGGAUGGGUCAAAUAAUUUGGAUUUUUAAUUUAAAAUAGGAAGGCCCCAGAUCUUACUUUCCUAUCCUUGAGGAACACCUUCAAGUUUUUAAAGUAUUUUAUGGGGAAAGAAGAUUUUUAAUUGUUUCUGAGUUUAAUGAGGUAAUAAAAUAUAUUAAAAUAGUUUAAUUUUAAUGGUUCUUACGCUUUACAGUACCUAAGGAUCACUUGCAGUAUCUGACAAAAAUGCAGAAUUAAGAGUCAUGGCAGGGUGUGGUAGCUCAAGCCUGUAAUCCCAGCACUUUGGGAGGCCAGGCAGGAGGAUUGCUUGAGGCCAGGAGUUUGAGACCAGCCUGGGCAAUAUAGUAAGACCUCGUCUCUACAAAAAAUAAAAAACUAUCCAGGCGUGGGCCGACAGUCCCAGCUACUAGGGAGGCUAAGGCAGGGUGAUUGAUUGAGCCCAGUAGUUUGAGGCUGCAGUGAGUUAUGAUUGCGCCACUACACUCCCGCCUGGGCAACAGACAAGAGAUCUUAUCUCUAAAAAAUUUUUGUUAAAUAAUAAAAGAAUUAAGGCCAGGUGUGGUGGCUCACACCUGUAAUCCCAGCAGGGAUUACAGUCUUGGGAGUCUGAGGUGGGCAGAUUGCUUGAGCCCGGAAGGUCGACUAGCCUGGGUGCCAUGGUGAAACCCUAUCUCUACAAAAAAAUACAAAAACUAGCCGAGUGUGGUGGCACCCACCUGUAGUCCCAGCUCCUUGGGAGGCUGAGGUGGGAGGAUCGCUUGAGCCCAGGAGGCAGAAGGUUGCAGAUGUUGCAGCCCUUGAUUGUGCCACUGUACUCCAGUAUGGGCAACAGGGCAAGACCCUGUCUCUAAAAAAAAAAAAAAAAAAAGAAAAAGAAAAAGAAAAAAAAAAGAGGGACCAUGAUGCCUCUGGGAUUUAUGGAACCAACCUUUGUGGUAAGUGCUCAGUGAUUCUGAUGCAAUGGUGGUAUUCCACACUUUGAGGAACCCUAAGAGAAGAGGUAAGAUAGAAUGAGGGAAUAAACAUGGCUUGUUUAUUAUUUCGGGGGAUUUACCAAUAACUGGUUUAAUUCUGUUCAUGAUCCAGUAGUAUUGGUGAUAUUAGCUCCAUUUUAUAGAAGGGGAACUCAAGUUUAGAUUUGAAAUAAGGUAUGUGAGCGUCCAUAUCCCUUUUCAGCUAAACUUGUGAGACUUUCAUAAAGAAGGGUUUGUAUUUAUUUAUUUGUUUUUGAGACAGGGUCUUGCUCUUUUGCCCAGGCUGGAGUGCAGUGGCAUGAUAUGGCUCACUGCAGCCUUGACUUCCUGGGCUCAAGCGAUCCUUCUACCUCAGCCUCCUGAGUAGCUGGGACUACAGGUAUGUACCACCAUGCCCAGCUAGUUUUUGUGUCUUUUUGUAGAGACUAGGUUUUGCCAUGUUGUCCAGGCUGGUCUUAAACUCCUGAGCUCAAGCCAUCUGCCCACCUUGGCUUCCCAAAGUGCUGGGAUUACAGGUUGACCACUGUGCCCAGCUGAGAGUUUUUCUUUUCAUGAAAGAACUUGACAUUUCCUCAAGGAUUUAUAAAGGAGGCUGAGGAGUAAUUUUCCCAGGAGAAUUUUAAAAAGAAAGAGGGCAUUUCUCCUCCAGUGGUUUGGAAUGAUGCCACUUGAUUGUGCAAAUGAUUUCUUACGAUCUUGUCUAGUUUUCUGUUAUUUUUUGAUUUGGUGACAUAGCUCUUAAAGAUUUGGUGACACAGCUUCUUGAGUCACUUUCAUCUCUCUUUAGAAAAAUUUUUUUUAACAGCUUUUAAGUUCAGGGGUACAUGUGCCAGUUUGUUUCAUAGGUAAACUUAUGUCAUGGGGGUUUGUUGUGCAGAUGAUUUCAUCACCCAGGUGUUAAGCCUAGUACCCAUUAGUAAUUUUUCCUGAUCCUCUCCCUCCUCCUACUCUCCACCCUCCAGUAGACCCCAGUGUGUGUUGUUCCCCUUUAUGUGUCCAUGUGUUCUCAUCAUUUAGCUCUCACUUAUCAGUGACAACAACUUUCAUCUCACAUCUAAUUUGUCUUUCUUCACUCUGGUGUGGAAAUUUUCAUAACGAUUCCAAUAUCACUUAAAUGUUUCCCAGAAUAUUUAGAUAGAAUAGUUUCUUCUGAAAAGUUUAUUUUAGGCUAGUGCUGCAUGGUUGUGAAUAUUAGCAUGGUAGCCAAAUAAUAGUUUGUUUUAAAUAUAUAUUUCCCAAUAUAAAUAUAAGGGGCAUCAUAAUUUUUAAAAACUAUAAAAUCUAGAAGAAAAAUCUAUGGAUAAAAUCCAUAAUUCUAUCAUCUGAAUGCAAUGAACGUUAGCAUUUAGGUAUAUUUUCUUGCAGGUUUUUAAACCAUAUACUUACAGAGAAUAUGUAAUUUGGAUCUGUGUUUUUUACAUAUAAAUAUUUUUCUAUGUUAAAUAGUCUUCAUAAGUUAAUUAUAAAGAUCUGCUUAAUAGUUCUGCUACUGCAGUUUUCAUUAUUAGAUAAGUUGGUCGUUAUGGUUGGACAUUUAGGUUUACAAUAUUAAAGCAGUGGUUUAUAUCAAUUUCAGUGGUUUAAAAUAUGAAUUUCUAUUUUGGAAUGACAGUAUUAAUUUCAUGUAGUGAAUCUCAUAUUCUAGAACUGAGAUGAUGGAUUUGAUGCUAUUUGUGACAGAACCCAUAAUAAAGCCUUUCUAUGCAAAUUACAUUUUAUAGAAUUAUCCUACUAAAAGUAACCUUUCUUCAGUGAAUGCAAAACAGACCUUUGGUGUUCCAGUAUGAUUCAUUUUGCCAUUCUGAACAACUAUCAUUUUAAUUAAGACCACUUAACGGACACUUCCUGGAUUCAAUUAUUAAGUUUCAGAUUGAAACUUAAUCCAGUUUAAUAACUGAAUCCAGUUUCACAUUUAUCAAUCUGAAAACUUAGUUGGCAGAUUGGUAAAUCAGGGUACUUGACAAGAAUAAAUAUGGUAAGCCUAAUUUAUAUAUUCAUGUGUUACGUGCCAGAAAUGAGUCUGUUUCUGGACCCUGUUCAAGGAAACAGUGAUGACUGAGAGAGGUACAGGGAAAUAAACACCCAAGGGAAACAACAGAAAUAAGCCUCCCCAACUUUCUAAAAAACGGCUCAGCAUUAUCUCUGUGGGUUCUGGGUACAUUCAGCUUUUUAACAUCAGCUAGUCACUAAUGCCAGAAAUUCCACUUAAAGUGUAUUUAUUUUCUUGUGUUAAGCAUUAUUCUACCUGGUUUAUGUCUACAAUGUAGUAUUAGUGUACUUAGGAUUCUUGACACCUCAGUGUGCAAUAAAUAAAAUUUUGAAGUUGUUGUUUUUCAUUUGAAGGUGAGACCAGAGCCCCUGAGUACUAAGGGGACCUGGGAAUCCUAGGGGAAUGGAGGUGGUGGAAGAUAAGAGGAUGGUUGAGGGCAGGAGUUUAAAGGACACAGAAGCUAGGAGAGCACAAAAUGUAUUCCACCAACUUCAGUCUUGUCUCUUAAAAGUGCUUUUACAUUUUAACUUUUUUAAAAAAUGUGGGCCGGGCAUGGUGGCUUAUGCCUGUAAUCCCAGCACUUUGGGUGGCCGAAGUGGGCGGGUCACCUGAGGUCAAGAGUUCAAGACCAGCCUGACCAAUAUGGUGAAACCCCGUCUCUACUAAAAAUACAAAAAUAGCCAGGCGUGGUGGCACAUGCCUGUCAUCCCGGCUACUCGGGAGGCCGAGGUGAGAGAAUCGCUUGAACCCGGGAGGUGGAGGUUGUAGUGAGCUGAGAUCAUGCCAUUGCACUCUAGCCUGGGCAACAAGAGUGAAACGCUAUCUCAAUAAAUAAAUAAUAAAAAACUGAACUUAAAUAUAUUUAUAUGUGUGUACAUAUAUUUUCUAAUAUUCUGGUUAAAUGAGAGGCCAUCAGGCCUCUUUUAGUUUUAAGAAUCUAAUGAUGUGUACAUCUAAUGCCCAUUCCAACUGGAUUGUAACACUGCUUGGGGAAGAUAACUUAAAAAAAAGUAGUACUGAGAUUAUAGCAGCUAGUGUCUUAAAUGGAAAAGAAGUGAAACUAAAUGUCAUAGGAGAAAUCCUUUCAGUUCUGUGCAGUGGUUCAUUUGCUGUUAAAUCUACCCCAUUACCCCUUGAAAAUAAAGUGAUCUUCAUGUUACAGGACCAUUGCUUUAUUUAUGUCAUAGAUUCCUUGUCCUUUAAUUAGUCAGUGAAGGCACAUGAUUGCGAUACUAUUUUUUGAUUGCCGUAUUGUAAAAGCUGUAUUGUGAAAGGUAACUCCCUCCACCUGCCCACUGCACCCCCACGUUUAGGGGCCACACAGAAAAAGCGAAAUAAGAUGAGGUGAAUCUAAUGAGAAGGCAACUCUAAUGCCCAUCAGGAGAUUGACUAGGACAUUUUAAAAGGAUGUCUUUAAGGAAAAAGUUUUGUUCGUAGAUGUUGCCUCUGAUUCCUCCCUGCGGCUCCAGUCCAGGUCUUGGAGCCGGCCCUCGAGGGGAAUGUCCGGGACUCGGGUCGGUACCUUUUUGGUCUGGGAAUUUCCAGUGUGCAGAAAAAAAUCCACAAAUCUAGGCCUUGCUGCCCCCUCCCUGCCUCCUCUGGCCCUCCUCAGUGCCCACGCCACCCGGUUCGAACGAGAGGAUGACCGUAUUCUGUAUUUUAGAAAACAGGCUCUUAGCUUCCCCCGCCCCCGUCCUCACUUGAGUGGAGAACUGAAAGCGAACGCUAUAAAGGGCUCCAGUGAGAGGGGCUGGCCUCCUCUUGCCACGAGGUCAGACGGCGAGUUCUUAGAGAAAAAGGCUGCUUAGCUGCUGCUUAUCAUGUAACCUCAAAAGGAAACUGACCGUCUUUCUCAUGCUGUCACGUACUUGGGUUAUUAUCGCUGAUUACAGCUGGAAACCAUUGAUUUGCUCUUACGUGUUUGUGUGACUUGACUCUUCAAACACAAAGGUUAACAGGAAGAUCUCAAGGGCCCUGGCUGUACUUCACCUUUUGGCUUUCUUGGCCUGAUGCUGAACUCUCGAGGUUGAGCCCCAUAUGGGGGUUGGCAGGCAGCAGAGAGGCCCCUUUCAAGGUGUUCGGGUAAAGAACUCGGUGAAGGAACUCCUGUUGCACAUCCGAAGUCAUAAACAGAAGGCUUCUGGCCAAGCUGUGGAUGAUUUUAAGACACAAGGUGUGAACAUAGAACAGUUCAGAGAAUUGAAGAACACAGUAUCAUAUAGUGGGAAAAGGAAAGGGCCCGAUUCGUUGUCUGAUGGACCAGCUUGCAAAAGGCCAGCUCUGUUGCAUUCCCAAUUUUUGACACCACCUCAAACACCAACGCCUGGGGAGAGCAUGGAAGAUGUUCAUCUCAAUGAACCCAAACAGGACAGCAGUGCUGAUCUGCUUCAGAACAUUAUCAACAUUAAGAAUGAAUGCAGCCCCGUUUCCCUGAACACAGUUCAAGUUAGCUGGGUGAACCCCGCCGUGGUUCCUCAGAGCUCCCCCGCAGAGCAGUGUCAGGACUUCCAUGGAGGGCAGGUCUUUUCUCCACCUCAGAAAUGCCAACCAUUCCAAGUCAGGGGCUCCCAACAAAUGAUAGACCAGGUUUCCCUGUACCAGUAUUCUCCACAGAACCAGCAUGUAGAGCAGCAGCCACACUACACCCACAAACCAACUCUGGAAUACAGUCCUUUUUCCAUACCUCCCCAGUCCCCCGCUUACGAACCAAACCUCUUUGAUGGUCAAGAAUCACAGUUUUGCCCAAACCAAAGCUUAGUUUCCCUUCUUAAUGAUCAAAGGGAAUCUGAGAAUAUUGCUAAUCCCAUUCAGACUUCCUCCAGUGUUCAGCAGCAAAAUGAUGCUCACUUGCACAGCUUCAGCAUGAUGCCCAACAGCGCCUGUGAGGCCAUGGCAGGGCACGAGAUGGCCUCUGACUCUUCAAACACUUCACUGCCAUUCUCAAACAUGGGAAAUCCAAUGAACACCGUACAGUUAGGGAAAUCAUUUUUUCAGUGGCAAGUGGAGCAGGAAGAAAGCAAAUUGGCAAAUAUUUCCCAAGACCAGUUUCUUUCAAAGGAUGCAGAUGGUGACACGUUCCUUCAUAUCGCUGUUGCCCAAGGGAGAAGGGCACUUUCCUAUGUUCUUGCAAGAAAGAUGAAUGCACUUCAUAUGCUGGAUAUUAAAGAGCACAAUGGACAGAGUGCCUUUCAGGUGGCAGUGGCUGCCAAUCAGCAUCUCAUUGUGCAGGAUCUGGUGAACCUUGGGGCACAGGUGAACACCACAGACUGCUGGGGAAGAACACCUCUGCAUGUCUGUGCUGAGAAGGGCCACUCCCAGGUGCUUCAGGCGAUUCAGAAGGGAGCAGUGGGAAGUAAUCAGUUUGUGGAUCUUGAGGCAACUAACUACGAUGGCCUGACUCCUCUUCACUGUGCAGUCAUAGCCCACAAUGCUGUGGUCCAUGAACUCCAGAGAAAUCAACAGCCUCAUUCACCUGAAGUUCAGGAGCUUUUACUGAAGAAUAAGAGUCUGGUUGAUACCAUUAAGUGCCUAAUUCAAAUGGGAGCAGCGGUGGAAGCGAAGGAUCGCAAAAGUGGCCGCACAGCCCUGCAUUUGGCAGCUGAAGAAGCAAAUCUGGAACUCAUUCGCCUCUUUUUGGAGCUGCCCAGUUGCCUGUCUUUUGUGAAUGCAAAGGCUUACAAUGGCAACACUGCCCUCCAUGUUGCUGCCAGUCUGCAGUAUCGGUUGACACAAUUAGAUGCCGUCCGCCUGUUGAUGAGGAAGGGAGCAGACCCAAGUACUCGGAACUUGGAGAACGAACAGCCAGUGCAUUUGGUUCCCGAUGGCCCUGUGGGAGAACAGAUCCGACGUGUCCUGAAAGGAAAGUCCAUUCAGCAGAGAGCUCCACCGUAUUAGCUCCAUUAGCGUGGAGCCUGGCUAGCAACACUCACUGUCAGUUAGGCAGUCCUGAUGUAUCUGUACAUAGACCAUUUGCCUUAUAUUGGCAAAUGUAAGUUGUUUCUAUGAAACAAACAUAUUUAGUUCACUAUUAUAUAGUGGGUUAUCUUAAAAGAAAAGAAGAAAAAUAUCUAAUUUCUCUUGGCAGAUUUGCAUAUUUCAUACCCAGGUAUCUGGGAUCUAGACAUCUGAAUUUGAUCUCAAUGGUAACAUUGCCUUCAAUUAACAGUAGCUUUUGAGUAGGAAAGGACUUUGAUUUGUGGCACAAAACAUUAUUAAUGUAGCUAUUGACAGUUUCAAAGCAGGUAUAUUGUAAAUGUUUCUUUAAGAAAAAUGAAAGCAUGUGAAAGGAAAAAGGUAAAUACAGCAUUGAGGCUUCAUUUGGCCCUAGGCAGUCCCUGGGAGUUACUGGCAUGGGACAGGCUUCAGUCACUGGACUAGAUGAAAGGUGUCCAUGGUUAGAAUUUGAUCUUUGCAAACUGUAUAUAAUUGUUAUUUUUGUCCUUAAAAAUAUUGUACAUACUUGGUCAUUAACAUGGUCAUAUUUGAAAUGUAUAAGUCAAUAAAAUAGAAAAGAAACAAGUGAAUUGUUGCUAUUUAAAAAAAUUUUUACAAUUCUAAGGAGUUUUUAUUGUGUAAUCACUAAGUCUUUGUAGAUAAAGCAGAUGGGGAGUUACGGAGUUGUUCCUUUACUGGCUGAAAGAUAUAUUUGAAUUGUAAAGAUGCUUUUUCUCAUGCAUUGAAAUUAGACAUUAUUUGUAGGGAAUUGCAUGCUUUUUUUUUUUUUCUCCCUAGACACAGGGUCUUGCUCUAGCGCCAGGCUGGAGUGCAGUGGCGUGAUGUUGGCUCACUUCAGCCUUGACCUGGGCUCAAGUGAUCCUCCUGCCUGAGCCUUCUGAGUAGCUGGGACUACAGGUGUGCACACCUCGCCUGGCUGAUUUUUUAUUUUUGGUAGAAGCAGGAUCUUGCCACCUUGCCCAGGCUGGUCUUGAACUUCUGAGCUCAUGCCAUCUGCCUGCCUUAGCCUCCCAAAGUGCUGGGAUUAUAGGAGUGAGCCACCAUGCCCGGCUGGCAGUUGCAUGGAGGAGAACACCUCUUUAUGGCUUACCCUCUAGAAUUUCUGAUUUAUGUGUUCUGUUGAAAUUUUUAUUUUUUUUACCUUUAUAGAAACAACAAAAAGUCAAUAUUGAAACAUGUCUUCCUGUUUUCUAUUGUUAAAUGAUGAUAAUGUGCCAUGAUGUUUUAUAUAUAUCAUUCAGAAAAAGUUUUAUUUUUUAAUAACGUUCUAUUUACAUUAUUUUGCUUGCCGCUGGCAUGCCUGAGGAAUGCAUUUGGCUUUGAUUACACACUAAGUUUUUGUAAUGAAUUUGACUCAUUAAAAACCUUUUUUUUUUUUUUAAAAGAAAUCUCAUUAGUGACUAACUUAUCUUUGCAGCUGAGUACUUACAUUCUUUUUAAAAAGAUACCCUUGGAUUGAUCACAUUGUUUGACCCAGUAUGUCUUGUAGACACGUUGGUUGUAAUCACCUUGUAUCUCUAAAUAUGGUGUGAUAUGAACCAGUCCAUUCACACUGGAAAAACUGAUGGUUUUAAAUAAACGAAUUCACUAAUA